UUGUGUUUGCCUCUCAACUUGCAUAUUUGAUUUUCGUUAAUUUAAAGAUACGGUGAUUUUUUUCUCUCUCUAAAUCUUUCAUAUCAUAGUCAUUGGUUCUCAUAACACUGUCAAGUAACGGUUUUUCUUCUCCGUGCUCUAAUUUAGAGCCGUCCAAACUGAUUAGAUAGCAAACCUAGUGACAUCAUCUGACCUUAAGGGGCUGUUAUCAAUUAAUUUAAAUAAAUUACAAAGCCCAGAUAGAAGAUUCUUGUGAUCAGUGACCGACUGCCAAUGAUGAGCAGAAAUUCUGUCGAACAAGGUCAACCAGUUUGAAUUGUUACAAUGAUAGCAUUCUUCCUCAACACUUGGAUUCUGAUUGCCUCAGUUUGAAAAGUUGCGUUCUACUCAGCUCUGUUUGUCUGGUUGGCAUAAAAACAAGUCAGUUAUACAUCUUACGUGUUUAUGAUCCUACAAACCAGGAAAACAACGUGAUCAUUCCAUUCUAACCGUUUUGGUCAUUGUUCGGACUUCUGUACUUAGUGAUGUUAUCCUUUUCAAUAAUGGAUUUUCGGCCGAGAACUUUGUUCUUCAUUGCUUCCUUCAUGUGCCUUUCUCAACUGGGAGCUUGUGCUACGGUGGCAGAUCGGGAUAUCCAGGAUUUUUCAGAAAAGCUGUUGUCAAAAGAUGUGAACAAUGCAGCGAAGUAUGUGACAAUUAACUUCCAAUCCAAGAAACGUCAGAACGUUGAAGACUCAGCCCCCCGUCCACUUUUAUCAGUUAACAAAAAGGCCUAUGAUUUACCCUCGAUAUCUAAGCUUGUAAAAAUCUAUGACAACUAUGUGCCAGAUGUGGCAAUACCAGAGACUGAAACAAAGGAAGAAUUAGAUGAAGAGCAUGCUUUCAUUGAUGAGGUCAGCAAAACACCUGUUAUGCAAGAAAUGAAGGCAUGGCUCCAGCAAAACUCAUUGUUACCCAAAAAUAUGGAUAAUGCUGCAUUCAACAAGUGGCUGUUUGACUUUUGGUUUACCAUGUACUCUCGAGGCAGGAGAAUAGUGGGGUCGUCGGCCUUUGAACAUGUAUUCCUCGGAGAAAUAAAGAACAAGGAGGUGUCUGGUUUUCAUAGUUGGAUCUUCUUUGCUGAUCAAGAGAAUAAAACGACUGCUGAUUAUCUGGGGUGGAAAAAAUACCAAAAUUUGCAAGACAAAGGAACAGUCAUGAAAUUAAGCUACAAAUGGUCAGGUAUUCCCAAAUUCACAGGAUCAAUGUUUGUUGGAACCAGCCCAGAGCUUGAGAUGGCACUGUAUACUACGUGCUUCCUGACCAGACCAAAUACCCAGUGUAAAUUACAGCUGAAUGGAACGCCAGUGACGUUGCAGACAUAUUCUUUCAGUUAUAGAGGAAAGAAUUACAUUGGAUCAGCGUACCCAGAUAUAUAGCAAAAUGAUGAAGAAUCUGAUCUAUACACAAAUUGUGCAGAGUUGAACUCAUUUUUUCAUUUGUUUGUCUAUUUUUUUAUUUUAUUUGUUUAUUUUUUCUACCAUUGAUUAUUUUUGAAAAGUAAUGUUCAAUUCUAUUCAGUCCUCUAACUGAGGAGCACUGAGUACAUGUUGAGGUGAAGGCAGGCAAAAGGGCCCUUAAAGUCAUACUGGAAUGGUUCAGUUUUAUGGAGAACCAAUGUGGGGUCUGAAAACAAUGCUCAGUUUUCAAAACAGAACGCUUAGCAGUAUGCUCCAGAAAAUUAGAAAAAAAUUUGAAGCCACAACAUUCUUUAUUAAUGACGUUAUAAGCUUUAAAGUGAAUUGUUUCUAAAGCUUCAAAUAUCACCGGCAAGCUUUUUCAGUGUCUUUAUCAAAUUCUCUGUUUUUCACCUUCAAAAUUUUAAUUGCUCUCAAAAAGUCAAUACUCGGAAUAUUUGAACAUUCUUUGCUUCAAAUGAUGCGGAAUUAACCCCUGUAAUCUAUGAUGUAGUCAAUUUAUUUUUCCUCCACUUUAAAGUCCCUUUUACUCUUGCCUAAAUGCUUCGUACAAUGAGAGAGAAUAAAAUAUUUUAACCCUUUCUUUAUUGUUGUAUCACUCGGUUUCAGUUGGUUUCUGACAUUUGUAAUCUUGAGUGGAUUUGAUUCUCUGAUUUUAAAAAGACACUGUACCAGAUUAAAUUGAUGUUUCCUCGUAUAUUUAAGGAUGUCCUUUGAACGUAUAAUUUGUGUGAAAGUUUAAUUUCAACAUUCAUAAGAAGAAAAAACCAUUAGUAUCAACUGAAGACUCCAUUUUUCAAUGUAUGGGAGGAAGCAAUUUACCAUCUUUAACAAUUUCAAGAAAAAUUAAAAAUGUAAUAAUUAGCAAUCAGAUCAUUUUUAUUUUUUGAAAAGUUUAUCUUCUUUUAGUCAAUUCAUCCAUUAUCUAUGAGUUCAUUGUUAUGUUUGUAGAAUAUUUUACCAUAGUAGGUAAGUAAUACCUACGAGCAAAGAUAUAUGUUUAUUUAAAUCUGGUCUUACAAAUAUGGGACCAAAUUUUGCUGUUAUCCGCACAUUUCUCUGAGGCUCAGUAAUUUAAGGAUUUCGAACCUUCAUUCUAAAAACUUGAUGAAUUUAACUUUUCAUUGUUAAAAAGUCUCUGAAAUAAGGAGAUUUCAAUAUCUCAUUGGACAAUGUUACCAGCCGAGCUAAGGGAAAAUGCUGUAUGAACAUCUGCAAGUUACCAAAUGUCACGCUACAUUACAUUCAUUUUUGAGAAAAUCUAUGUUUACUUUUCUCUGAAAUUUUCCGAUACUCUAGAUUGAAUUGCGAAUUCUCUUAAAAAACGGAGGAAAAUAUGCUUAUGUUUCCCUGAAAAUUUGUAUCUUAUUGUAGAAAAUUUAGUAACCCCUGAAGGCUCAUACAGCGUUUUUCCGGAGCAAUGUAGAGUGAAUGCAGCUGCUUUCAUGAUGUACUCUUCUGUGUAUGUUACUUAUUCAGAGCAAACGAAGGAAAACUGGCUAUAAUUAUCUUCAUAGUUAAAAUUAUCAUAUUGUAAGUGAAAUAACCUGGAUGACGGCACAAGCACAUCCAUUUCAGGUAUGCUCAUCCUAAAAAAAAACUUUCCGAAACAAAGUUACAGACUCAGUUUUAAAAACGGCAAAAAUGAGAGGAGUUAAAAUCGUGAUUUUCAGUUGUGAUGCUGACGAAACUGGAACAUGCCAAGAGCCUUCAACCUCAUGACUGUUGUUUAAUGAUAAAAAUUCUUCCAAGUCGAGCAAAAUUAGUCUUAUGUAACAUUUUACCAACUAUUUGGUUCUGAAAUUAUUAAUUUGUAUUCGCUUGACCUCCAUUACUCUCCUGGGCUCAUACAAACUUUCGAUAUUAAGUCAACAUAACUACUUGUUACACUCAAAUUUCUCAAUACUCAAAUCUUCUUUGAUUCCUUGAUGUUUUGUCAUAACUCUGCCUCUAAUUUUAAGGCUCGUGCAUUUUCUACUCUUUACUGCUUGUCUCAACUAUUGCAAUAAAUUGUGGAAUUUUUAAAAAUUUA